UUUGAGAAAUCGGCGAUGUCCUCGGCGAGGCCUCGACCUACUUUAAUCCAUUUGAAGAUUAAAUUAUUAAUAACUAGAUUCUCUAUAUUCCUUGUAUGUUUUCAAUUUGGAAGCGAAUGGCAAACAGUCAUUGUUACAAAAUAAUGUUCGCUAUUGGAGUUAUUGAUAUGGCUACUAUUUUAGAUGCUGGAUUUCUAACCGGAUAUUUGGGAUAUUUUGGAUAUGUUUUUUGUUCUUCUCCAAAAUUUAUUUAUUUUGUUGGAGUAUAUGGAUUUUGUAAAAAACUGCUUUUUUGGCUUGGGAUUCCAAUACUAUACGGUCUAUCUAUAAUAACUUGGUCAGAACCAGUAAUAUUCACCGGCAUCUACUUUAGCUGGUUCCUCAAUCCGCACAUUGGAUAUAUUGAUGAUGUUAAUCAUGAAUAUGAGAACACUCUUCUAGCAUUUCACAAUCCAUUAAUUAUAUUCUUUCUGUUAAUUACUUACUUAACGUUUUUUAUAAUUUUCGUAAUAAAAUCCAAACAUGGAGAAUUUGAAUCAAGUCAACAAAGCUACUCAGAAAUAAUGGUUUUUUACAUUAAAUAUAGUCACAACCCUAAAUUUCAGAUUUUCCUUCAAAUCUUUUUAAUUAGCUUAUUUAAUAGUGGCGCUGCUUUUAUUUACGUUUAUAUGCAAUAUAUCCACAUUAAUGAAGUUGUAAUUAUAAUUGGUCAAAUAUGCUGGUUAAAUGCACACGGUGGAAAAUAUUUUCUUUAUAAUACUUCAAAUUAA